AUGAUCUUGUCAAACGUGAGCCUGGGCGGCUGCGCACGGGUCAACAGCGCACUUUGCGCCGGAGACUGGGACGAGCACGCGGGUGGCGGCUCGCACCGGACCAGUCUGAGCCCGACAGGCAACCUGAUCGUGUCCGUGUGCUUGGGAUUCAUCGGCACUUUCGGACUUAUGAACAACCUGUUCGUGCUGGUGCUGUUUGGCCGCUACAAGAUGCUGCGAUCGCCCAUCAACCUGCUGCUGGUGAACAUUUCCGUCAGCGACCUGCUGGUGUGCGUGCUGGGGACGCCGUUCAGCUUCGCGGCCAGCACGCAGGGACGGUGGCUCAUAGGGGAGCGAGGAUGCGUGUGGUACGGAUUCGUCAACUCCCUCUUUGGUAUCGUGUCCCUGAUCUCACUGGCCGUCCUGUCCUAUGAACGCUACAGCACCAUGAUGGCCCCGACUGAGGCCGACUCCUCCAAUUACUGUAAAAUCUCUCUGGGCAUCAUUCUGUCCUGGGUUUACUCCCUCUUCUGGACCCUGCCACCGCUCUUUGGUUGGAGUCAAUAUGGGCCAGAGGGUCCGGGGACUACCUGCUCUGUCAAUUGGACUUCCAAAACGCCAAAUAACAUCUCCUACAUUAUCUGCCUAUUUAUCUUCUGCUUGAUCAUUCCAUUCUUGGUAAUCGUGUUCUGCUAUGGGAAGCUGCUGUGCGCUAUCAGACAGGUGAGUGGAUUUAAUGAGUCCAGGAGCAGAAAUCGUGAGCAACGUGUUUUGGUCAUGGUGAUCGUUAUGGUGGUCUGCUAUCUACUGUGCUGGCUGCCCUACGGCAUCAUGGCGCUGCUGGCCACAUUUGGGCCACCAGGCCUGGUCACGCCCGAGGCCAGCAUCGUCCCAUCUGUCCUGGCCAAGACGAGCACGGUCAUUAACCCCAUCAUCUAUGUGUUCAUGAACAAACAGUUUUACAGAUGUUUCCAGGCGCUGUUUCUUUGUGAGACUCCCAAACGAGGUUCCAGUUUAAAGAGCUCCUCCAGGGUUCCCACCAAGGCAGUCAGAGCCAGAGUUAUCAGCGGCUCCCCGCGUUCCAACAAUCUUCUAUUUAUGGUCGCCUCCCUGGGAGAACCAGCUGCCGCACUGCCGGAGCUCUCAGCUGAACCCACCAUUGAUGUCACCAAAGCUCCAUCUUCAGACCUGAACAAACCUGUCAUAAUGUCACUAGUGGCCCACUUUGAUAGCUGAUGAUUGGCUGUAACAACCCCCAUCCCCAGCUAGUAAGUCAUUAAUAAUGACCGAGGGGAUGUUACUGAGGCUCACCAGUCCAUGUGGAUUUAAUGCUCCUGUUGCAAACUGACAUCACAGACAUGUUAGACAGGGUUAACCUCUGGAUGGGAUGAGCAGGAAUCAGAGGAGGCAAUCUGCAGAAGCGGAGAGUCUGUGCUUCUCUGCAGAUUGCACUAUUUCUGACACUGAGCGGGUGAUGCUUGCUCCUGUCACAUCAUCUUUCUGAGCUCAGCCUGACUGAUCACGUGAUAAUUGAGGAUCUGUUAGAGCGAGAACAUUUCUGUAAUAUAUGGUAAGGUAUGUGCGAUCAUGAAAUGUUGCAUCGCAAGCAUGUUCAGAUUGAAGUAGGAGAGACAGACUGCUGCUUCCAACCGAGGCUGAAAAACAUCUUUGUCUUUAUCUCGUUGGAUUUUCUUUAGAC